UUGCCUCCAAUCAGACCGCUGUGUGGGCUGUCUAGGUGGUUCCUGUCGUGACCCAUUUUACCACAGGCCGGAUCACAAGAGACCUAAGCGUUCUCCUUCACAGUUCUACCUCAGAUUGGGAAUCGUCAUGAAUACCAGGACAGGAAACACAAACUGCCUCUGGAAGAGAGAUUUUGUCCUUCUCAUCUUUACUGGGCUCAUGGUAUUGCUCAUCUACAGCCUGACCACAGAAAACAUGAGAAUGAUAAGAAAUCUAGUCUCAAAGCUACAAGAAGAACCCGUCCUUUGCCCUGUAGCAAUCUCAGAGGAGAGCAUCACUCCACUCAAAAACACCAAACACUACCUGGUGUCAGCCUUCAUGGACCAGAGAGUGAAGGGUUUCGACAUACGCAUCAUUGGCAUUUUCAAGAGAGACUCCAUAAAUCCUCUUCACUGCUCUUUCUGCUGUGGUGGUGUAUGUAACAAAACCUCUCCAGCCAACAUUCUCCCACACAGUGACAACUUUGGUUUUCCUUACACUGCCACAGAUGUCCUGUGUCAGAUCCCCAAAAACUGUGAUCCUUCUUAUGUCACUGUUCUCACUCAGCCUUCAUCGAAUGUGUCUGACCACUUAUUCAUUCCUAUAAGAAACAAAAAAGAGGAAAUGAGGUUCAACUUCACCGUCUGUAUCUCCAACUUGUUUGGAGAUUACAACAACGUGCUUCAGUUUGCACAGACUCUGGAAAUGUACAAGUUGCUUGGUGUGAACAGAGUGGUGAUCUACAACACCAGCUGUGGUCCAGAACUGGAACGUCUUUUACAAAGUUACAGACAGGAGGGUUUUGUUGAAAUGGUUCCAUGGCCCAUAGACAGGUUUCUGAAUCCAUCUAGGGGUUGGCUUUUCUCAGAACAUGGAGGAGACUUGCAUUACUUUGGACAGAUCGUCAACCUUAAUGAAUGCGUGUAUCGGUCCAUGGAGCGUUCACACUACGUCCUGCUGAAUGACAUAGAUGAGAUCAUAAUGCCAUAUAAACACGACAACCUGGUCUCUCUGAUGAACACGCUGGAACCACAACAUUCAAAUGUUGGAGAGUUCCUCAUUGAGAGCCAUUUCUUUCCCAAAAAGCACUUUGAACCAAGUGGGAGGUUUCAUCUUCCCCAGUGGGAGAAGGUUCCAGGAAUCAACAUUCUGGAGCACAUCUACAGGGAAGACCCAGAAAGAGGGGUUUUCAAUCCACUCAAGAUGAUAGUAAAACCAAAGUUAAUAGAGCAGACCUCAGUGCAUGAAGUCCUUAGGAAGUUUGGAGAACGUUACAAAGUUCCACUGGAGGUCUGUCGCAUUAUACACGUUCGUGUAGCUCUGCGUGAAUAUUUGAAGUUGGAGGAGCUUAAUGAAGACAAACGACUUUGGGACUUCCAGGACAAACUGAUUCCUAAUGUGGACAAGGCACUGAAGAGAGCAGGGCUGCUUCCAGCAGAAGAACAAAACUGAUGUUUUUACAGAAGGCAAUGAAAGUAAAUCUACUUUUAAAUCUUGCCAAACCACUUCACUUCAUUGCUAGAUGUGACAAAAGUUAUGACAAAAUCAGAUAAUGAAAAACCUGUUUGCACUUGAGUUUGCGCAUUAUGAUAACAUUUUUUUACACUUUUCUGUCGAGUGAUUCAUUUAAAUAGGCCCUAUGGUGUCCGUUCUGCCCCAGACCUUGACGGAAACAAAGAAGUUCUGUUUCUUUACGCAUUGCAGCGCUUCAUUGAUCAGAAAAACUGUAAAAAAGAAUCAAACCCCUUUGAUACUUUUCACACACAAAAAAAACC